AUGGGGAAUUGGGUCUUAGUAGAACUGCAGAGAAACUCAAGCAACUGGGACAAAGUUGUCGGAGAUAUAGUGAGAAUCGAGAAAAAGAUUUUCCCUAAACAUGAAUCACUGGCCAGAUUGUUCGAUGAAGAACUGCGGAAAAGGAACAGUGGGUUGAUUUACUCCCAGGUUGGUGGAGAUGUAGCGGGCUAUGUCAUGUAUUCUUGGCCCUCUUCACUUUAUGCUUCUAUCACCAAACUUGCAGUCAAGGACAAUCACAGAAGACAAGGCCUUGGUGAAGCAUUACUGAAGGCAGCAAUCCAGAAAUGUAGAAGCAGAAACAUCCAGCGGAUAUCGCUUCAUGUUGAUCCAGAAAGACAAGCAGCUAUGAACCUCUACCACAAAUCAGGAUUUAAAGAAGACACGCUAGUAGAAGGAUAUUAUUCUCCCGACCGAAAUGCCUUCCGAAUGUACCUAGAAUUUGACAAAAGUUAG